AACGGAGUGCGAGAAGGAAGAGGCUGAACUUGCUUCAUCCACUCAAAUAUGGCCGGCUUCUCAGCCUGGUUCUGGAACGAAAGAUUCUGGCUCCCUCACAACGUUACUUGGGCCGACUUGAAGAACACCGACGAUGCCGAGUAUCCGCAAGCUGGUGAUUUGCUCUUCGCUUUCCCGCUUGCGUUUGGCAUCUUCCUCGUCCGCCUGGCGUUCGAGAGGUUCAUUGCCAAACCAUGUGCCCUGAGCCUUCGAAUCCAAGCAAAUGGACCACGCAGAGCACAGCCCAAUGCUAUCCUAGAAAAAGUCUUUACAUCAAUUACUAAGUCUCCUGAUGAGAAAAGACUUGAAGGCCUGUCAAAACAGCUUGACUGGGAUGUCCGCAAAAUUCAGCGUUGGUUUCGACAUCGAAGGAAUCAAGAUAAACCAAGUACCCUCACAAAAUUUUGUGAGAGCAUGUGGAGACUUGUAUUUUAUUUCUAUAUAUUCUUCUAUGGAGUGAGAUUUCUAUGGAAGACUCCCUGGUUCUGGGACACACGACAUUGCUGGUAUAACUACCCCUACCAGCAACUGGUGUUUGACAUGUAUUAUUAUUACAUAAUGGAGUUGUCGUUCUACUGGUCACUGAUGUUUUCACAGUUUACCGACAUUAAAAGAAAGGACUUUCUUAUUAUGUUUCUCCAUCACCUUGCGACAGUUGGAUUAAUCACCUUCUCUUAUUCCAACAACAUGGUGCGAGUUGGAACACUCGUCAUGUGCCUUCAUGAUGCAUCUGAUUUCUUUUUAGAGGCUGCUAAAUUAGCAAAUUAUGCCAAGUAUCAAAGACUUUGUGACUCAUUAUUUGUGAUAUUUGGUUUUGUCUUCGUCUCGAGUAGGCUUGGCAUUUACCCAUUCUGGAUUUUAAAAACAACACUGUUUGAAAGUUGGGAGAUCAUUGGACCAUAUCCAUCCUGGUGGUUCUUCAAUUUCCUGCUGAUUGUACUUCAGAUUCUACAUGGCAUCUGGUCAUAUCUCAUUAUACGCAUCGCAUAUAAAGCUAUUGUCAAGGGAAAAGUCUCUAAAGAUGAUCGCAGUGACAUUGAGAGUAGCUCCGACGAUGAUGAUUCUAUGACCAACGGCACAAGAACUCAUCACCACAAUCCCUCGAAAGGAGCCAACAGUACGAAUGGGACCAAUGGCCACCUAACCACUGGAGCAUGGGCAGGAGACCAUGAGUUUGCAUGAACUGUGGAACAUGGAUUAGGCACAGACAGGACAGCUUCAUGGAAAACAACCAAGCACUGGACAGUUUUUUUUUAAAUUAAAAAAAAACUGGGUGUUGCUGCAUGGGAUCUGAGACAGGCUGCCUGCUCAGUAACUUACACCUGCAAAGCACACAGGUGUUUUUCCUUUAUUCUCAGUGAGUGUGCUUUAGCAAGAUGAGAAAUUGAAAUGCAGCUUUAAAUGGAAAUGGAUGGAGCUAGACCUGAGUUUCCUCUAGACCCAUCUUAUUCCAUUUAACAGCCUGCAGUGCUUUAAAUGGGUUUUGUGCAAUUUGUCGAAUUGCUAAAGGUGUGGUUUACAUUUCAGGCCUGUGUUUUUGUCGUGUUUCCUCAUUCUAUAUUUUGGCUCUCAUUGGCACAAAGAGGUGGAGACCAGAGAGGGAAAGAACACAAAUUCGAUAUCAAGCAGAUUGUGUAAUCCGUCUUGGGUGCUGGUUGGACUUCAAAGGCAGGCAGGCAGGCAGGUAAAACCAGUCACUUCAGAUGGAAAGAGUAUUGCUGGAGUGGUGCUUGAAUUCUCACCAAACCUGGCAUCUUAGGGAAUUUUCUAUAAAGGAAUUGAGUAAUCUGUAAACCCAACGAAUCAGGAAUUAUGGGCACUGGUCCAAAUUGUCUUUUAUUUGUGGUGUCAUUUCACUAUCGACCUAAGUGGUGAAGCACAACUUUGUAUUAAAACACUAGGUUCUGGCUGGCAAGCGAGUGUGUGCACAUAUGUGUUGUAAGCCCUCUUUCAACAUUGGACAUUUGAAGGAGAGAUCUUUUCCCGUUCAUCUGUUAUGUGGUAUUUUGUGUUUCAAGUUAAUUUUGUUUCUGUUGUUCAUACAAAGUAAUUUCAUUUUUAGCAACGUAGUUUGUGAAACCAAAAGGCAGCUACCAUGAUGCUGAUAUUAGGCAGUCUACAGCUGCCAAAUUCCAUUUGUCAUUUAUUGGGAGUGCUGGUUUUCCUGCAGCAGUGUAUUGAUAAUUCCUUGUUUGGAGGCAUAAAAAUAAAGCAAUCCUCUGACCUCCAUUUGUUCCCAUUUCAACUUUUGAAUGGGAGAGGGUUUGAAAACUAAUUUCUCUCUGACCACCUAGUAAUGGUUUGGUGUUAUAAAUAAUAAUUGUUUAAUUGUUCUCUUAUACUAAAGUAGAGAUUGUCAAUCUUUUUGAGCUGGUGAGGUUCCAGUGAAAUUUAA